GUCCUAGCUGUGUACAUGUCCCUCCCCUUGAGCUGGACUCUUGCCUUUAAAGCUUAGAUCUUUUCCUUCCCUUUCAUAACAUAGCAUCAGGAUUGGCUUUUGUAGAGGCUCCCAUACCAAAUACACAUGGUGUACCUCCAAAGAAUGCGAUCGAAGAUGUAUUUCAUAUCAAAACUGAGGCGGAAUCCAUGAUACAUGCAUUCAACGGUGUUCCUUCGCCGAGAAGUUUUGAUUCCUACGGAGCUUUCAGUGUAAUUCCAGAAGAAUAUUUGGGACAGGAGUACUUCCUCGUUACGAUGACCGGUCAAUCCCCCGGAUAUGUCACCAUCUCGUCAAUGAACUCUUCAACUCGAGUGAACAUACGAUUCAAUGGCCCGGCUCAAGUUUAUAGCGGAGGAAACUACGAUCGCGGGGACGAGAAAGAAUUCUGCCUGGAACCGUGGAAGAAUAUUUUGAUCAGGAUCCUUACGAAUGAUUUCAGUGGAUCCCGCCUCCUGGCUGAUCAUCCAGUGUCUGUGGUUUGUGGGACACCUUGUGCCUUCUCACCCGGACACGAAACCUGGGAUCAAGAUUGCGACGCUGUCAUAGAGCAACUGACCCCGUUUGAUCGCUGGGGGACAGUAUUCAACGUUCCUUCGUUUCCAGGAGACGACGAGGACUUCUGCGUCAUGAUUGUCGCAGGAAGAAACGGCACCACCGUCACCAUGAACUUGGACACUGUGAUCACUGCGCUUCUCGACGAGGGAGAAACUGUCGUAGAAUGCACAAACCUCUCUCUGGCGCGUCUCACAAGCAAUAAACCGAUCGAAGUCGUUGCCUUGAAAACAGUGAACGCUGCCAUGGUAACUAUUCCUCCCGAGGAGCAAUACAUCAGUGGCGACACCUACAUCUAUGUCCCAGACGCCACAACUUACGGCGUCUCGUCGGGCGUCAUCACGGUCGUAACGUCCUGUGAAUUCAAUGGUGUGUUCAAUGUCAUCAGGGUUUGGAAUGAUACCAGACAACCACAACUUGAGUUUAUUGAUGAAUUAAGGCAGCACAACGGAAUUUGUGCCCUAUAUUACGAUUUGGUAAUGGACGCAACCUACGAGAUCGAGGUCUCUGAUCGCAGUGUCUCCUACUUUGCUCUCGUGAACUCCUUCUGUGCUGGAACUGCAGGGUCGUCAGUUGGUGCCCAGGGAUUCAAACGACUGCGUUGUAUCGACUACGAUUCCAUGUUCACGGGAGAUAACGCUUGUCAUGAUAUAUACCGAUCGUCAUCAUUCAGCUUCUCCUCCAAGGGUAAUAGGAUCACGCAGGAACCCCAUCAGGAAUAUUUCACCCGUACCACCUUCAACUGCGCGAGCGCAUGCGCACAAGAACCCAACGCGAUUUGCAAGGCGUUCAGCUGGUCAAAGGUCACUGGCGCUUGCCGGUUGUAUGGAUCUUUCAACCCGGCAACAGAUACCAGUCCGGAAACCGGCGGUUACAUCUAUACUGUGUGAUGUUCAUUACAUGCCUUGAAAAUGGGAUUUGAGAGACGAAGGGGGGG